AAAGUGUUGGAAAGGCUGCAUUCCGGCAGACUGCAGAUGGUUUAUUUCUGAUUCACGUAACUUGCGCCAGAUUCAAAUCCAAAGAGCCCCAUUUGCCAGGAAGGGCAGGUGUCGUUUGCGGACCCCAUUAGGGAUCACGUACGGCCAACAAGUUUCUCUGAGCAAUCGUUUUGCGCCCAGACUGGUUUGGUAAGACGACAUGUACCGCUAAGGUCACGGAGACCGCGAGCAAGAUUGGGCACAUUCAUAAUGGCUCUCAGAUGGGGCAGGCAAAUCCAGGCUGUUGUGCUCCUGGUACUGGUGCUGAUGCAAGCAGCCUCGUUCGUCCGAGGCCAAAGUAACGUGCGGCUGUGCGUGGUUGGCCCAGACGAACUCAAGCAGUGUGAGAAGCUGUUAGCAGUUCUGGCAGCAUCGCCGGGCAAACCCAGCUGGAUCUGCGUGCAGGAGAACGACCGCGAGGGGUGCGUUCUGGCGGUGGGCAACAGCGUGGCAGAUACCAUGGUGGCCGCGCCGGGGGACAUUGUACACGCAUACCUGCAGUUCGGCAUGCGCGCAGCACUUGCCGAGGUCUACUCCCCGAGCCCCUCCUUUGCUGACGUGGCAAUCGUGGACAAGGCGCUAUGCGACGCCCAGCCCAACUUGAGCCUCGCCGACCUCGCGGGAAAGCGCGCCUGCUUUGCGGGCUACCGGGAUGACGCCGGCUGGGAUCUGCUGCUCGGGGUGCUCGUCGACAAAGGCAUCCUCCAACCAGUGAACCAAGAUCCGGCUGUUGCCAACGACAUCGAGACGGUGGAAGCGUUCUUUUCCAAGGUGUGCGCUCCGGGGCCGGCCGACGGCGAGCGGGUGUGCUCUGGCUGCAUCGGCGACUGCUCUACCGCGGCGGACAUUUACAGCGGUCAGGAGGGCGCCCUGCAGUGCGUCAGCGACAAGGCUGGUGACGUGGCCUUCCUGCGCAGCGACACGUUGCAGGCCUUCCAAGCCAACAACCUUGCCACGGGCCGCACGAUCCGGGCUGCAUCCGAGUUCAGGUAUCUCUGCCCGGGGGGCGGCUGCCAGUCGCUGGACCAGGGCCUCAGCGGCUGCUAUUUGGCGCCCAUCCCGGCCUCCGCGCUGCUCACGCGCCGCUUCUACGACGCGUCUGCCAUCCAGGCCACGCUGACGUCAGCAGCAGCUGACGCGGGCUUCCAGGCGCUCUUCAUGAACGGCUCCAACCCUGCCGGGCUCAUCUUCUCCCCGGCCCUGUCGGGCUUCCAAACCGUCACCGCGACCCAGCUCGAUUAUGUCGGACCGGAGGCCCUGCGAGCCUACGAGGCCUUUGACACCAUCGACGGCGCCCCGCUGCAGACGUCCCCACAGACCGGGGGCGGGGCGAUAACAAACUUGGUUCCCCCGCCGUACAUCCUCAAAUGGUGCACGACCUCCGAGGAGGAGCAAGCGGUGUGCCUCAGUAUGGCCGUCAUUCUCAGGGUCAACGUCAACCCACAUUACGUCUGGGGCUGCGUCCAGAUGCCAUCCCUUGCUGAUUGCAUUCUGGCGAUCCAGAAAGGGAUAGUGGACUUCGUGACGCUGGAUGGUGGGGACGUGUUCUUGGGCUCUGCAUAUUACCAGCUCAAGGCGUUCGUUUCCGAGGUGUACUCCCAAGGCUCCGCUGGCGCCGUCAGCAGUGACGUCAUCCGCGCGGUGGCCGUGGUUAAGAAGGAAUUGUGCGACGCAAACCCAUUUUUGAACUUCGCGGCCCUGCAGGGCAAGACGAGCUGCCACCCCUACUACCGACAGGAAGCCGGGUGGGUCGCACCGGUUGGUUUCCUGCUCGACUCGGGCUUCCUCCCGACCAUCAACACCGACUUCAGCAAGCGCAACGACCUGGAGAGCGUGCAGACGUUCUUCGCCCGGGUGUGCGCCCCGGGGAACGAAGCCGACAGCCGCGUCUGCAGCGCGUGCGCGGGGAACUGCUCCAUGCAGGAGCCGUUUGCGGGAGACGCAGGUGCCCUCAACUGCCUGAUGAACGGGGGCGGCGACGUGGCUUGGGUGGACGCAAACGCGGUGACCAAUUAUGCGAAGGGCGGGCCGCUCGCACAGAAGUGGGCCAACACCACCGUCGAUGGCCUCCGGUUGCUGUGCCCGGACGUGGGCUGUGUUGAGGUGGGCCGAAUGACGGCGGACUGCGUGCUCGCGAGCGUCCCGCCGCGCGCCGUGGUGACACGUGGCGACAUGGCGAUUGCCAUACCGGGGCAGAUCCUGCUGAAUGCAACGCGGGACAAGGCCUUCCAGGCGCUCUUCUUGGGGGGGACCAACACCGGGAGUUUCGUCUUCAGGGCGGACACGCGCGGUCUGGCGCCCAUUACGACGAGCACGGACGACUUUCUGGGCGCGAGCACGCUCGAGGCGUACAGCGCGCUCUUCGAACUAGACGCGGCGCCCGUGGCCACCAACGUGAUUCGGUGGUGCCUCCCCGGCCGGCCCGAGUACCAGCAGUGCCUGCUCAUGCUCCCCGCACUGCAGGCCACCGAGCCGUCCCUCAACUGGCAAUGCAUCCUGCGCAACACGACGCAGGCGUGCAUCGACGCGGUGACGUCAGGUGACGCCGAGGUGGUGAUGCUGGACGGGAACCACAUGUUCGAAGAGGUCAAGUCCGGCAGGCUGACGCCUACGGUCUCCGAGAGCUACGACGAGCUCCACUCGCUGACAUACAGGGCCGUGGCCGUGGUCCGGAAGGAGUUCUGCGACCGCGAAACGAUCCCGACGCUGAAAGACUUGCGCGGCAAGAACUCGUGCCACGGGAGCACGCUCUCCGCUUACGGCUGGACCGUUCCGGUGGGCGACAUGCUGCGGAGCGGAGCGAUGUCGCCGAUGAACGGGGACCCGCAGUUACCGAACGACAUCGAGUCGGUGGAGCAAUUCUUCGGCAAGAGCUGCGCCCCGGGGGAGGUCGACUCGCAGCGCAUCUGCACCGCAUGCCCCGGGGACUGCGGGCUGCACACCGAUCCUUAUUUUGGCACCGUGGGGGCCUUCCGGUGCCUCAUGGAGGGGGCGGGGGACGUCGCCUUCGUGCGGCACACCACGCCCGGGGAGUACGCGCAGGGAGGCCCGGGGGCUCAGCCGUGGUCCACUCUCCCGGCCUCCGAGUUCCGCCUGCUUUGCCCCUCGGGGGGCUGCGCGGCGAUCGGGCAAGAGGCCACGUGUGCGUUCACAAACGUCCCCGGCGCGUCGCUGCUCGCGCGUCCGAACGUGGCCGCGAACGCGCUCGCGCUGCUCCAGGGCGCGCUCGCGCGGCUGGGCGACGGAGCGAGCCCGCAUUUCAAUUACCUCUUUGAGCAGAGCAAGAACACGGCCGGCCUCAUCUUCGACUACAAUCUGCACUCCUUGAACCCGAUUAACGAGACGGCCGAGGUCUUCCUCGCGUCGACGAGCCUGCAGUUCGCCUCGUUUGGAGCGCUGAGCGAGUUGGCACUGCAGCAGGGGGUCCCUAGCAAGCGGGCCCAGCACGGGCUCGGUGCAGGUGCGAUUGUGGGCAUUGUGUUUGGAGUGCUGGGCGGCGUUAUGCUCAUCCUGGGUGCUUCCUUCUUCGUGUGGAAGAAGAAGUUCCUGCAGAAGAACCGGAUGUAUCGGUAUGAAAGGUCCGAGAGCAAACUGAAGCUGACAGCCCUGUAGAUACGACUGACAUAAUGCGGAAGCAGCUGUAGCAUAAGGUUGCCACCUUUGCUUAGAGAUCAAGCUCGGCUCUUGUAGUCCUCAACCAGCUUGUGAAGCUACCCUUGUUGGGAUUUGCACCAGAAAUAUUGUCACUGAAGUGGAGUUGUUUGUAGAUCGAUUUAGCAGUACAAGUUGGCAUGCGAGCCUUUGUCAAACAUUGAGAAUGCAGUUUGGGUUGGACAACCUAGGGACAACGUCAGAGCAGCUAGAUAAUGUCCGUUCGAGAAGCUUUGCGGUCGUCUCCGCCAUUGUGGAGACGUACAUUUCCUUUCCGGGCCGCCUGGUUAAUUCAGUUGUCACCACAAAACUUGCAUCAGUGCGGUUCUGCCAGCUACGUUGUG